GACAAGAUGUGCGUCAAUUGUCUGUGUCUUUUAGGACUCAUCACACUUUUGGAUACAAAAAUUGAAGGAAAAACUUAUGUAUACUCAAAAAAUCCAAUUUUUAUACCAAAAAUUUUAACUCGUAAUUUAAAAUUACAUAAUAACAUUCCUAUACGUUUCACUGAGGAAAAUAAACAUACUAUUUAUCGUGAUAUAAAAAAUUUCAAUGACCACAAACCACACUCAGCAAAUAAGCUCAUGAAAAAAUAUAAAAAAUUACCUGAUUCUCCUUCACUUUAUCUGGAACCGCCAAAACUUUUAAAAAAAGAUAAAAAAAAUAAACGAUUACAUUUGAAAAAAAAAAAAAAAUCAAAAUACAAUGUUAACGUAACAACAGAAACUUCAAAUGAUAAAAAAAAUGAACAAAUUCGUCCUGCUUAUGAAAGAGAUCAUGCUCCAUCACAACAACUUGAAGAGGAGACAAGUGAAACUAAAACGAAAGAAGAUGACUACAAAGUUGACAAAGAAAAAGAGCCUGAAAGAAAUAGAAUUGACUUUCAUAUUCAUAAUCAUGAAGGACCAGAUACUUAUAUAUUUGGAUUUGACACUGGAGAUGGAGACAACAGACAAUUUCGAAUGGAAGAAAGACAUGAAAAUGGUACAGUAACUGGUCACUAUGGCUAUUAUGAUGCUCGUGGAAAACUUAGAAAAAUUUUUUACUCAUCAAAGCCUUCACUUGGAUACACAGAAGAUCCACCCAUAUCAACAAGUGAUUCUCGUUGA